AAUUAUCACCAUCAAACCACUAUUUUAUUCGAUAAUUUCUUGAGUGAUUCGGUCUUUAUUCCUUCCUUUUACUCAACCUCCAUCCCAAAUUAAAUCCAAAAUGGCAGAUACGGUCGCUCCUAGGUUGUACGCCUGCUACAACUGUCACUCCCAUGUUGCCCUUCAUGACGAUAUUGUCUCCAAAACUUUCCAGGCAAGACAUGGGAGAGCUUUUUUGUUUUCUCACGUGAUGAACGUGGUGGUGGGUGAGAAAGAAGACCGACAUCUGAUUACUGGAUUACAUCGAGUGGCAGAUGUGAGUUGCUCAGAUUGUGGGGAGGUGUUAGGAUGGAUGUACGACAAAGCAUAUCAGGAAUCUCAAAAGUAUAAAGAAGGAAAAACGGUUUUAGAAAAGUUUAAGAUCGUCAAACACAACUGGUAAUUAAUUGCAUAUAUGUAUCAUUUUUAUUGUUCCUUAUUUGUGAAUUGUGAUUGAUCAUUUGUAGGUAUUAUUAAGUAAAGCACUCUUGUUAGGUUCUCUAGCUAGCUUCUUAAAAUAUGUAUUUUGAAACUUGUUUGCUUUUCAAAUGGAUCGUUGUGAACAAGUAGAAAAAAGAAGUUUG